AUGGCGGCGAAAUCCGAUGGCGGUGGCGUGGGGGUGGGCUUCGCCCAGCUGCACAACCUGGACGAGGCGGUGGGCAGCGGCGGCGAGGAGGACGGGGAGCCCGGGGGAGGCGGCUGCGGCGGCGGCGGCGACGGCAGCGAGCCCGGCGAGAGCAGCUCGCUGCACAUCUGCCACUGCUGCAACACUUCCUCGUGCUACUGGGGCUGCCGCUCCGCCUGCCUGCGCUCCCUCCUGGGCAAGACGCCGCGCCGCAGCGCCGCCGCCGCCGACGGGGGGGACCAGCCGCUGCAGCCGCCCGCGGCCGCCGGCCGCCACCCCCCGACGCCCUCGGCCGAGCGGCCGCAGCCGCCGCAGGUGGAGCGGCCGUGGCUCGACUGCCUGUGGAUCGUGCUAGCGCUGCUAGUCUUCUUCGGGGACGUGGGCACCGACCUGUGGCUUGCCCUCGACUACUACCGCAAGGGGGACUACGGCUACUUCGGGCUGACCCUCUUCUUCGUGCUGGUGCCGUCCCUGUUGGUGCAGAGCCUGAGCUUCCGCUGGUUCGUGCAGGACUACACGGGCGGCGGGCUGGGCGCCGUGGAGGGUCUCAGCAGCCGGGGCCCCCCCAUGAUGGGGGCCGUCUACGGCCGUGGCGCGGGGGUCCCGGCCACGCCGGGGGCGCAGCGCCUCUGCCGCCUCUCCGUGUGGAUCUGGCUGUCGGUCAUCCACCUGCUGCAGAUGGGGCAGGUGUGGAGGUAUAUCCGCACCAUGUACCUGGGGAUUCAGAGCCAGAGGCAGAAGGAACACCAGCGACGCUUCUACUGGGCUAUGAUGUACGAAUAUGCAGACGUUAACAUGCUGCGCCUCCUGGAGACCUUCCUGGAAAGCGCCCCCCAACUGGUGCUACAGCUCUGCAUAAUGAUCCAGAAGAGCCGCGCCGAGACGCUGCCCUGUGUCUCCUCUGUGACUUCCCUGAUGUCCCUGGCUUGGGUGCUAGCCUCCUAUCACAAGCUGCUGCGGGACUCCAGGGACGACAAGAAGAGUAUGAGCUACAGAGGGGCCGUCAUCCACCUCUUCUGGCGCCUCUUCACCAUCUCAUCCAGAGUUCUCUCUUUUGCCCUCUUUGCUUCCAUCUUCCAGCUCUACUUCGGGAUCUUCGUGGUGGUUCACUGGUGCGCCAUGGCCUUCUGGAUCAUCCAUGGCGGAACAGACUUCUGCAUGUCCAAGUGGGAGGAGAUCCUCUUCAACAUGGUGGUAGGGAUUGUGUACAUUUUCUGCUGGUUUAACGUCAAGGAAGGGCGGACUCGAUAUCGAAUGUUUGCAUAUUAUACGAUAGUCUUGACCGAGAAUGCUGCCUUGACGUUCCUUUGGUAUUUUUACAGAGACCCGGAGACCACUGACUCCUUUGCGGUGCCAGCACUGUGUUGUGUCUUUAUUAGCUUUGUGGCUGGGAUUGCAGUGAUGCUCUUAUAUUAUGGUGUGCUGCAUCCCACGGGGCCGCGAGCUAAGAUCUUGGCCAGCUCCUGUUGUGCCGAGCUGCUCUGGGGCAUCCCUUUGCCCCCCGAUGUUGAGCCCAUGGCGCCUCAGACCCCUGGGUACCGGGGGACCCAGGUCACGCCUACCAGAGCCGUAACGGAACAACAGGAGGAUCUCACGGCUGACACUUGCUUGCCCGUUUUCCAAGUGAGACCCAUGGGGCCCUCUACCCCGUUGGGGCGUCCUUACCACCCAGAAGGGCCCCUCAUUAAGAUUGACAUGCCAAGAAAGAGAUACCCAGCUUGGGAUGCUCAUUUUGUAGACAGGAGGUUGAGAAGGACUAUUAACAUUCUGCAGUAUGUCACCCCCGCCGCGGUAGGCAUUCGGUAUCGAGAUGGACCGCUCCUUUACGAGUUGCUACAGUAUGAGUCUUCACUCUAA